CCGCGGCCGUGCGGGGCCGGGGGGUGCGGGCGGAGGGGGGGGGGGGGGGCUGCCGUGAGCGGCCCCGGCGGCUCCUCGGGAGGCGUGGAGGGAAAAACCACCCCCCUUACAAAAAAGAGGGAAGUUUGGUGUUUAUUUAUUAUUAUUAUUAUUAAGGUUUGGGGAAGGGGGGGCCUCGUCCGCCCACUCCCCCAACCCCCAGCCCAGCCGCUCGGUGCGUGCGUGUGCCGAAGCCCCCCUCGGCGGCUCUGUACCAUGCUGAAGGUCCUCACCGAAAAGCUCAGGAGCCAGACUCUGAACGAAAUCCAGCCCUUCCAGCUGAAGAUCUCCUACCCCCCAAGUGAUGAGGACAGCGACGACUCUGAGGGAGAGAACCAGGAACUUGUUCAGAUCGACAGAGAGAGAAGACGGAACUGUACCUUGACCCCUCUGGCCACCAACCAGCUCCAGAACCAGGAGAACCCAUGCUGCAAGGUGCGGGCCCUCUUCCAUGCCAGCCUGGACCGCCACAGCUCAGAGGAGGAGCUGGAGCGCAUCAACCGGGAGUUUGCUGCUGAGAAGAGGAAGUGGUCCCAGGUCAGCAGGCUCGCCUGCUGCAGUGACAGCAACAACACCUCCUCCAGCGACGAAGAAGUGAAGAACUUGUGCGCCAUGUCCUUCCGGCCCGUGGCGGAGCAGGCUGAUGGGCUGCAUGCCAGCCCGAGCCCCGUGCUGUUCAGUGCCUCCCCUCCCAAAAGACUCCAGCCCCUGGUGCGGAGCACGGCCUCUAGACCUUUAAUCUUCACGAGCGUUGGGGCGGGCCUUGAGCAAGUCAUGCCGUGUAAGAGACAUCGGCAGGGAUACGGGGAUAAGGUCCGCAGGCCCAGCCUUGACCUGGAAAAAAUGCAGCAGAAGAUGCUGCUCAAGAAGAAUUGUGGAACGAAGACUAGAGUAAUUAAAAUUCGUGACAGCAGCUGGAGUUGAUGUUUUUCUUAGAAGAAAAAGGAGAAGAGUGGUCCUAAACUGUCACGGUCCAUCUGGCUGUUCCCUGAAGUUAAACCGCAUGUGGACGUGGUGGUGAUGGAGAGACCUUUGAGAGGGAAGGGGCUUGCCUUUGGAAAGUUAUUUCUUGAGCUGUUCCAGGUUUGUGACUGGAAUAAAUUGUCAGAGGCCUACAGGAGUUAACGAAGAAGCAGCUAGAUGUGAAUUGCUGUUCCACGGGAGGAGCUGGUCCUGCUCGUCAACGACUGUCCUGAAAAGUGCCAGAAGCCAGACUGUCACUGAAAGGAAAUUAUUUCUCAUCAGGAGGUUGCAAAGCACAGAGAUGUUAUUCAUCCUGGCUGCCUGAGUGUGGUUUACGUGUUGUACUCCUGCUUUAUACAGGAGAAACUGCGGCACAGGUGAUGAGAAGCCGCUGCUUGGGACCAUGUCCAGGAUUAGAGACAUGGCUCAGGGGUCCCCAUCCCCUGCUUGCAGCUGCUGGUUUCACACAUCAAAGCUGCGGUGUCACCAUUUUUUCUCCUAACAACGUGGCGUGAGUGAAAGGCAGGAGGAUGAGGUGGAAUUAAAAGCACUGCACCUCUCAGGGCUCCGCCGUGACUUGUUCAGCUGUUAGCAGGGCGGCUGUGCCCCAGCCGGGCAGCAUCGCGGGCAGGCGCCUGUCUUUGCCAAGGCUCCUCUGGGGAUUUAUUCCUUUCCACACGGGGUGGUGGUGGGAAUCGGAUGCGCCUUUACAACUCGCAAUUACAUGCUGCCUUUCAUCCCAAAGGACUUCUUAACAAGUGAAUCUACGGGCUGCAAUGGGAUCGUUCACCCACUGCUGAGAGGCGUCCACCGCUGGAAGACAGGAAGCAGAGAAGGGACUCCUGUGCUGGCUUGGCCCUGAGUAGGGAACGGGUUGGCAGAGCACACACGCUGCUCCGAUCUCAAGUCCUGCCAGGAUCCUGGAGCUCUUAUGAAAGACAGCAAAGAGUAUUAAGCAGAUCUGUGUUUCGUAUUACCCCUAGCACACCACUCCCUUCUAGGACAUUGUUGUGUUAGGUAACUUCAUUUUUCCCCUUCCUUUGGGGAUUGUAAUUCCCACAUCUGAAAGUGCGCUUGGAGCCACGCUUGCCUUUGCUUCGUCCAGAGAAGCGAACCGGCGUUUCUGUGAAUUAUGAGUCCAAAAUGAAGUUAUUUCACAAUCCGCGUUUUGGAUAUUUUCCCAGACUUCAUAGGGGCAAGGGAGGGGUUUCUAGGAGCAGUGGGCUUUUGUGUUAGUAAUUUACCCUUCACCUGUUUAUCUUCUUCCUAUGUAAUUCUUCCUUGCCAGAACGUAAAGUUAUGUCCCGGGUGGUUUAUGCAGCAGUUGCCCAUGUCUUUGGCUUUCUGAGGGCUGCUAAUAGGACUGAAGUCCUGCAUCCCUUCUGUGCUGUCUACUCUCACCCUUCUCCGGGGCACCUGCAUCCAGUCACAGUCCAUACCAUCUCUAGCUGUGCUUUAUAUUGAUAUGUUUGAGAUGUUUCAAGCCGGGUUGCUGGUUUACCAGCUGUAUUUAACGGUGGUAGCACAGUUGGUCGCUACAGUACAGGUUUGUAAGUUGAGGGCCCUCCUUGAGGUGCGGGCGGACAAGGUCCACGUGAGGGGGCACAGCUGCUUUGUAGUUUUGAGUCAGGAAGAAGUGGGUGCAUGCCAGGAGGAGUAAGGAAGAGUUGCAGGUGUACCAGGGGUGAAACAAGGUGUGUGAGAGCAGGUGAGCAUGCACACAGGGCCGUGUGUGUGACAGGGGGCACCCAGGCACGGGUGCCUUCCUGCCGGCAGCCGCGUGGCUGUAUCUCGGGCUGUUCUCCAGCUGUGUAAAUACAUUGCUUAACAAACGGAGGGCUCUGGUUAAUGAUUGCUGUUAGCGCGGGGCCCAUAUUAGGCUCCGUUUGGUGCCAGCUGCCCGGCUGCCUGGAUGCCAUCGGAGUGAAGGCAGCCGGCUGCAGUGUUGAGGAGCCUCCGCAGGAGCCGGCCUGGGCUUGCUCAGCAGGGGCUGUCAGGCAGGGCUGUGGCACGCUCCCCGGGGCCUGCUGCAGCAGGGGCGACUCAAACUGCCUUCUGGAGAAGAAAUGACAUCCCCGGUGUCACAGGCUGGUGCUGGGCGCCCAAGGGGAAGGGCAGGCUGGCUGGGAGGCAGCUGGCCCAAGCAGCAGGACGGGAGGGACGUGUUCCCCGCUCUGGCAGCUGGCCCCAUCUCUCUCCUCGUUCUGGGAACAGACCUACAGGGCUUUGCCUCGCACUGCUCAACGUGGCCAGACCACCACAUGCUGUGAUCCCAAAUGGUGUCGUGGGCUAAGCCAGAUCAGGCCUGGUCAUCCCUAGAGCAGGAUACGAGCUCCAGAGAAAACACGCAGUCCUGGGGCCGUUUCGUGCUGGUGCUCUUUCCUCCAGCAAGGUCCCUAGCAGAGGACGUGCCCUGUCAUCACUAAUGGAGCAGGUUCCUCACGGUGCCCUGGGGAGGCUUUUUGCCCCCAGAAGGCCCAGAUUGCAGCCCCACGGCUCCUUCCUGCCCUGAGCCUGGUGAGGUCCGUGGACGAUUUUCGUCUGUUCUCUGGAGCCGUCUCUCCCCAGCCUCUCUUCCAUCUGCCGUCCGCCAGAAAUGAACUGAUUUCAGCUGCCUUCCCUAAUCCCGUCUGGCAUUUCAAAAUGGAGGGGACUGCCAGGAUCUUUGUUCCCGCUCCCUCUUGGCACUGGCAGGGGACCUUCUCUGCUCUGCAGAAGGACAAAUGUGCUGAUUUAUUCUGCCCCUUAGCUUUGAAUAGGGGUUGCUACGUUACCCCACAGCUCUGGGGCUUGCCAGAGCACACACCAUAUAUAACCCCACAGCAGGUGGCUAUUGAGGAAAGGCCCUUAAAUCUGCCUCUCUUGUUUCUUAUGCUGCUGGCCAAGGUGUCAGGGGGCUGUAGCAGGGCAUGAUUUGCUGGCUGAAACGCCGGGCACGGCUGAUGCCAAGCACCAUGUUGGCAUUUUCCAUUCUCAAACGCCCAUCUCAAUUUGCAGAGGAGGGACCAACCAGGCAGGAACACGCUGCCCAUGCUGGCUUUUUAGAAGCCCUUUCUGACACGAAGACUGCCCCCUGGGGCUGAGCUGUGACCAAAAUCCUGGCUGUAGAGGCUCCCAGAUCCUCCUACACACAAGGCCAGGCUUGGAAGCUUUCUUCUGGUGUGAGUGUUUGGGUGAGCUGGACUGUUUGGGCAGCUAUCCAGGAAAAGCUGUGUGCAGCUGUCCUAUGAUGACAAGUGAAAACCCAUCCAGGACAGAGGCAGGUGGUACCCAAACAUCAGUGCGCCGUGCUGAUACGUGGUUGCAGCUGUCUGAAAGACCUGACUUGGAAGUGCCUCUGUCUUAGAGAAAACAGCAGAGUUGGUGAUUGCUCCUAAAAAGCCUAAUUAUUUGAGAAACAGCCCCUUAGUGCAAGCUGGGUGAGGAGAUGCUGUGGAUCUUGCUAGAAAGGGAGUGGAAAAGGCAACAGGGAGGCUGUAACGCCCAAGCCAGCUCUCCUCUUGCUGGACCUUUUCCACUCUCCAUGAAAACAAGUGACACUUUCCAGCAGUGAUGGGAGUGAGAUGAGUGGUGGGGCAUUUCCAUGAGCUUCUGAGCUGCUGAACUUUUUUUUAUCAGCAGCUUGCACCUGUCUGUUGGGAAUGAGCUCUGCAGGAGAUGAGUAAGUACUCUGCUGGCCCAGAGAGCGGUGGGACCUCCUCUCCUGGCCAAAGAGCAUCUGCAAGGAGGUCACCCCAUUGGUGCUUCUGCUUGCCUAUGGAAAAAAACACAGUUCCUGAGAUCUAAAUGGAAAAUACUUCGUAUGUUAUGGAGUUGAAAGGUUAAUUUGGUAUCGUUAUUCCUCUGGGAUCCGUGGGUCCCAGGAAGGUCUAGUGGGGAGCAGCAUUCCUAUCCUGUCACGCGGUGCAUGGGUAUUUCUGGUCUCCUCACUUCAGAUCAGCUCUGACCAUGCUCUGAACACCAGGAGGGGAAGGGGAGAGAGUUAUCUUUGGAGGCCAUGGUACAAACCAAGCUGCAGAGCCUUCAGGUGGGAUUUUUUUGCACCAAGCGUUUCCCAGCCAUUCCUCACUGAUUUGUUUUAGAAAUGCGUUAAACCAUGGGUCAGGCAGUCCCAAAGCUUUACAGGUAAUGUCAGCUUCUGUAGGUCCUGCAUGUGUAUCCAUUUCAUAGCCAGGACUGUUCUGGGAAUCUGUCUUCAUUUAUUUUUUUCUUUACACGUAAGCAAUCCUCAUUCAGGGAAAUUCCCUCCCAGGAGGCCUGGACAAUAACUGGCAUGAGACAGAGAGUUGGCUUGGGUGUCACCUUCUAGCCUACACUUAAAACCCAGGGAAGGCCUGAUUUCCAGACGUGCAGAGCAUCUGGCCCUUAGGCUGAUUUCUACAGGAGUCCAAAGAGCUCUAGAGCUUCUGAAUUUCAAGUCUGCCCACAAGAGACUGGAGCUUACCCCAAAAGCCAGUCAAAUGCUUCUGGGUGUGAAGUGAUUUCAGGAGAAAGAAAGAGCAGAGAGGAUGCAGGUGGAUGGGAAGUGGGAAAAUUUAAGCAUCAAAUAAAGUCUAUCAAAGCAGAAAAAGAACAAAACAAAAACACACACACACACAAAAAAAAAAAAAAAAAAAAAAAAAAAAAACAGGUAAGGGGAAGUGUGGUAAAUGGGAUGGGAGAAGAAACAGUGGUGAAGCCUAAACUGUAGAGCCAAAGCUCUGGAGCAUUUCAGUGUCUGGGACUUCAUGGAUUGAGAAAGAGUGAUCUGUAAAUUAUUACUGGAGACCUGUUGAAAAAAUAAGACUGAAGAGUGAGGGUUCAGAGGUGGCCUGGUUUAUCUCCCUGCUCUGAAAGUGUAUAUCCCUGCUUUAAAGACAAGAGAACCUGAAUUCACCUCUUCCAUACGAUACACUCUGGCAGUGAUGCUUUUGGGACUCUGGGUUUCCAAAUUCAUCGCUGAUUUCCUCACCCUGUUCCAUCUACCUGGAUGGCUACAGGUGCCAUGAAUCCAUGAGGAGGUAUGGUUGUAGCAGAGAGGUGGGGGCAAGACAAAGAGU